CGGACUUUGACCUUUGCCACAUCGAAAGAGGCUCUGGCCUGAGCAGAGGAGUGAAGCAGAAGAAUAGAGGGACCCAUUGCAGUUGACGAGACAACAGGAGACCAGGGAUCCAUGGCCUCCAUUGAUGGCAUGGAGCUGCUGGACCUCCUCUUUGACCGGCAGGACGGCGUCCUUCGCAGUGUGGAGAUGGGCUCCUCCGUGACCCCUUGGAUGGGACCAGGCGAACACCUCCUGCCUGAGGGAGAGGGGGACGUGGAGUUCCUGGCCUCCCUGCUGGACUCCCCUGGCUGGUCUCCGUCUGUUAGCGACAGCGGGAUCUCGGAGGACCCCCCCUCGGACCACUUGGACAGCCCCCCACAUUGCGUCCCCAGUGGAAGCAGCCCGGGGCCCUGCUCUGAGAGAAGCCCACGUGGGGACCGGGCCCACAACAACCCUUUCCAGCCCGUGCUGGUUCCAAAAGACCCAGCCUCCGAGGUGUCCAUCGAGUUCAGUAUGUGGGACUCAGGGUUUUAUCCGGAGGAAAGGCAAGAACUGGUUACUUCUAUUUUGGAUUCGCCUUCCUGCACCUUGACCAUCAAAGACCUCCUUCUGUCAAACACCUGCGAAAUGCAUCCGCAGGCUCUGACCGCAUCAGUGGCAAGGCAAAGUGGCUGUGCGAUGCCCCAGGAACUGGUGCUGACAGAGGACGAGCGGAAGCUGCUGGCCAAGGAGGGUGUGGCACUGCCCUCCCAGCUGCCCCUCACCAAGUAUGAAGAGCGGAUCCUGAAGAAGAUCCGCAGGAAGAUCCGGAACAAGCAGUCAGCACAGGAGAGUCGGAAGAAGAAGAAAGAAUACAUCGACGGUUUAGAGAGCCGGAUGUCUGCCUGCACAGCCCAGAAUCAGGAGCUGCAAAGGAAAGUGGUCCAUCUGGAGAAGCAGAACCUGUCCCUCCUCCAGCAGCUGAAGAAGCUUCAGGGCCUGGUGAUGCAUUCCAGCAGCAAGGCAGCUCAGACCAGCACUUGCAUUGCGGUCCUGCUUCUGUCCUUCGCCCUGAUCAUCUUUCCCUCCUUCAGCGCCUUCAACCGCAAGGAAACACAGGCUGGAGGAGACUUCCUACCGGUGAGAGUCUUUUCCAGGUCACUCCACGAUGAUGCUUCAUCCAGAGUGGCCUUCUCCCUGGACAAGGGCCCAGCCACAGACCAAGAGCCAGAGAAGAAGUCGCUGCAGCCUCCCCUCUGGACUGAAUACGCCCAGGAAGGCCCCCCAGAAGAGAGCCCCUUCUUCUCACGGCUCCGGAAGAGCGGAGUGGUGGCUCUGGGCAAUGGCACCAUCCCCAAGGAGAGCCGGGCAGACUUCGAGGGGCACAGUGUGGCAGCUGUGGCCUGGACGGAGCCCAAUGCCUCUGGGAAGAUCAUCCUAGAACCAGCUGAAGAGCUGUAACCCCCCUCCCCCCUUUUUCUUUCUCUCUGGGGACUUUGAUGAGAUUUGGGGAGGGAGGCAGUCAGGGUGUGUAUAUAUUUGCAAGGAGGGAAAGCCACCCAUCCCAAAAGUGAGUCGUAGAAGCCUAGGGUUGUAUAUCGUCUACCAUUGCAGUAGUUCCACAGUUCAGCUUUUGUUGCCAGCAGUAGAGCUAUUGAGCUUCAGCAAUUUCAGGAGCAAAGUCAAGUUUUAGAAGUUAUAGAAGACUUUAUUGAAAGAACUACAUUUCUAUAUAGGAAAGUUAAGGCUUAGCUAUCAAAAUAUCUAACUCUCUGAAGGAGACAUCUUGCCUCUCUCCGGGUUCACAGGAAUAGAAAAGAGGCAGUGCAGCAAAUCAGAAACUUCUAGUGCCAGCAGUAGAGCCAUUGAGCUUCAGCAAUUUCAGGAGUGAAGUCAAUCUCUCUCUCUCUCUCUCUCUGGAGAUAUCUUAUCUCUCUCCAUGCUCACAGGAGAAGGAAAGAGGCAGUGCAGCAGUAGAGCCUUUGAGCUCUAGCCAUUUACAGGAGAUUUUAUUGAAAAAACUAUAUUUCCAUAUAGGGAAGUUAAGGCCUAGCUAUCUCACUAUCUCACUCUCCCUGGAGGCAUCUUGCCUCUCUCCAUGCUCACGGUAGGACAUAAGUGGCCAUUUAGCAGAUCAGAAGUUUCUAGUGCCAUCAGUAGAAUCAUUGGGCUUCAGCCAUUUACAGGAGGAGAGUCAAGCUUUAGAAGUUAUAGAAGACUGUAUUGAAAGGGAAGUAAAGGCCUAGCUAUCUCACUAUCUCUCUGAAGCAGACAUAUGUCCUCUCUCCAGGCUCACAAGAGGACAAAAGAGGCAGUUAGCAGAACAGAAGCUUGUAUUGCCAGCAGUAGAGUCACUAAGCUCCAGCAAUUUGCAGGAUACAUUAUUAGAACUACAUUUCCAUACGGGGAAGUUAAGGCCUCGCUUCCUCACAAUCUAGCUCUCUGAAGCAGACAUCUUGCCUCUCCAGGCUCACAGGAGGCAGCUCUUCAGCUCAGAAGUUCAUAGUGUCAGCAGUAGAGCCUCUGAGCUUCAGCCAUUUACAGGAGACUUUAUUCAAAGAAUUCCAUUUCUAGACAGGGCAGCUAAGGCCUAUCUCACAAUCUAGCCUUCUGCAGCAGACAUCUCGUCUCGCUCCAGGUUCAUAAGAGGCAGAUUAGCAGAUCAGAAGCUUCUAUUGCCAGCAGUAGAGCCAUUGAGCUUCAGCAAUUUACAGGAGCAAAGUCAAGCUUGAAAAGACUAUUCAGAGGGCUACAUGACAAAAUAGGAAAGUAGGCAAAGCUCUUAGACAAAAGGAGCGGCUUUUAUUCUUGUUGGGUAUGAUUUGCAAAAAAGGAAAAAGCAUUCAAAAAUAGUAAAGUAACAGCAGCAGUUGAGAAGCUUCUAGUGCCGGCAGUAGAGCCAUUGAGCUUCAGCAAUCGGGGAGCAUAGUGAAGUUUUGUAUGUUAUUAAAGGCUUUAUUGAAAGAACUAAAUUUUGAGAUAGGAAAGUUGACAGGGGGCCUAAUUAUCUAACUCACAGUUGACAUCUCAUCUCUCCAUGCUCACUGGGAGAAAACGGGCUUGCCAUGUGCUCAGAAAAGCAACAGUCUAACGAACUAAUAGGAGAGAAUAUAUUGACUCAGAGGUUUCUUCUUCUUCUACAUCCCAUAUAAGAAGAAAGAACAUCCAUGUAAUGAUUUAUGUUAAAUGUGUUGUGUGUAAAAUCUAAACCAGUGAUCCAAGUCCUGCA